CUGGAUUAACCCUUUAGCCUCAUGCUCAGGAGGCAAAAACUUUCAAGAUGCCCAAAGGAGGAAAACAUGUUGGAAAAAUCGCUUCUAAAGGGACUUCUUCAUUGAGUAUACCAGGCCCACCUUCUUCUAAACCUCCAGACGUGACACCAUCAGUAGCUUCUGUGCUGGAUGAGCUGAAAUCAGUGAUAAAACAAACACAGGAAGAGAAAGAGGUUGGAGAACAGACACUAACUGGAAUCAAUAAGACUCAUGAGAAAGUAAAAAAUGAGCCGAGAGUAUCGCUAUACUUCAAGCAAAAGUUACAGAAUCAGUAUGUGAAUGCUCUACAGGCAGCGAAGAGAGAACUAGUGCUGUUGGAGCAGUGUCUGAAGAAGGUGGACGAGGUUAAGGUGGAGAUCGGAGAAGUGCAAGCACGCGCUGCUCCACCAUCCACUCGGAACAUUGAUGACUACCGAUCAAAAAUGCAUUCUGGCCUGGGAACUAUGAGAAGAGGCAUGCUCAUGACCGUACUGCAGCAGUAUGCUGUCGAACAGCAAGUAUGGAAGGGAAAGCCGGGAGAGAGCCCCCCUCCCCUGUGUGGUUGCGUCCCAGCUGAUGAGAAGUAUCGCUGCAAGCCAGCAGAUCAGGUUGCUGCCAGAGUGCGUACAGAGGAUGGUGAGGAGCAGUGGAUACUGGCAGAGGUGUUCUCUUACAACUCACACAAUCACAGGUACUGUGUUGAUGACAUUGAUGAAGAAGGGCACAACGAGCAGAGGAGGUAUCAUGUGAGCAAGAGACGUAUAGUUCCCCUCCCUCGCUUUAAAGCUGAUCCAUUGACUAACCCUGAGGCCCUCUUUAGGCACAGACAGUUGGUGCUGGCUCUCUACCCUCAAACCACUUGCUUCUAUCGUGCCAUCAUUGACUCUCCGCCUAAAGAAGUGGCUGGUGAGUACUCAGUGCUGUUUGAAGACACUUCCUACCCUGAGGGCUACUCCCCUGCCCUUGAUGUUCCACAACGCUACGUUCUACCAAUGAGAGAGACUAAGAAAAAGUAGUGUAUAAUUAUAACUAUAAUUAUGGUAAAACACAAUGUCCUAUAUACACGUAUAAGUACACUUUUCUCAACGUGUCUAAUCAACUUUCAAUUACGUUAUCA